UCCCACCCGUCGUCUAUCUCUCUCUCUCUCUCUCUCUCUCUCUCUCUCUCUCUCUCUCACACACACACACACACACAAUGGCGUCUCUCACUCCAGGGAUCCUCCUGAAGCUCCUCCAGUCGAUGAACUCCAACACCCGAGUGGCCGGCGAGCACCGGUCGGCCCUCCUGCAGGUGAUCGGCAUCGUGCCCGCCCUCUCCGGCCCCUACGACCUCUGGCCCAACCACGGCUUCUACGUUCAGCUCUCCGACUCCCUCAACUCCACCUACGUCUCCCUCUCCGACCGCGACACCGACCUCAUCCUCGCCAAUCGCCUCCAGCUCGGCCAGUUUGCCUAUGUCGAUCGCUUCGAGUUCGAUUCCCCCGUCCCACGCGUUUGCGGGAUCCGCCCGAUCCCCGGCCGCCACCCGUUUGUUGGAAGUCCUGAACCACUUAUCGCACGCAUUUCUGCUUCCAGGCGCGAAUUCGUAAUUCAACCCGUCUCGGAUUCGGACCACUCGUCGCUGGACCCAAUUGCUGCUUAUUUGUCCAAUGCGAAGAAAUUUGAAGAAGCUGCUCGAUCCGAGGUUAAGGAGGUGCAAAGUGAAAAGGGUAAAUCAAGGCAGGUUCUUGCGCCUCGGGACAAUGUGACGGUUGUUGGUAAUUUGGGGAAUUUGGAUGAAACGAAGGUUUCAGAUAGGCCUCAGCGAUUUUCGUCUCCUGCGGCUCGGAAGUCUCAGAGAUCAGUGUCGGUUGGGAAGAAGAAUGGGGGUGUUGUGGAGAGGGAUCCUUCGCCGUCAGGGAAAGCAAAGAGGUCAGCGUCGCCUGUGCCGUCAAAAUGUGUGGUUCCGAGCUUGGUUGCAGCUCGGGACGAGAAUCGGAAGACGUCAAGGGAGCCUGCUAUCAUAGUCCCGUCUAGGUAUAGACAGCCAUCGCCGAGUGGGAGGCGACAGGCUUCGCCAAAUGCAAGAAGGGCUUCUCUUUCUCCCGGGAGAAGGUUGUCAGGUGGCAUUAAGUUUUCCCCUGCUGUUUCAGAUUCUGCCAGUAAGAAGAAGAAGGCAAACAUUUGUGCAGGAAUUUCAAAGAUUUCGGAAGCACUUGUUGGCUCUUCAAAGGCAAGUCGGAAGAGCUGGGAUGAACAGCCAGCGAAGUCAGCCCCUGCAGAACAAAAAGAGAAGGGUGCCUCCAAAAGUAAACCCGAUCUGCAAGCGAUUCUACGGACACAGGCUGCUAUGUCUAGGCGUCUAAGUGAUGUAAAUGGUCGACAACCUAGUCUGGAUGAUCCAUCAAUGAAUGAGGACAUGAAACACAACUCCAUCGAUGGGUUGGUGUCUGAGAAUCCAACCUAUGUGUUUCCAGGAAUUACAGUUCAUGACAAGAAGUGGACAGAUGGCAGUGUUCCGUUGGAUGCCGUGUCUGCAGAUCUUGCAAGGAUUGGGAAGGAGGCUAUGCAGAGACGGGUUCUCGCUUCUGCAGCUGCUGCUGCAGCUUUAGAAGAAGCUGCUGCUACUGAGUCUAUCCUGAGAAGUUUGAGCAUGUUUUCUGAUCUCUGUUCUACAUCCACGGCUGAAAAUCCGUUACCCACCAUAGACCGAUUUCUAUCAGUUUAUGAUGAUGUCAUGAGAUCAAAAGUGAAUGUUGAAGCAAUUGUGGCUAAACACUGCUCUAGUGCACCUCAGGAUAGAAUCUCAACUGAGCAAUCAAAAUCCAUUUCUAUUUGGGUUGAAGCAGCUUUGGCAACUGAUCUUGACAUAGUCUCCCUCCUAACCAACCAGAAUGCUGAGCCUCCAUCAACUCUGCCGAGAAGUGCAUCUAAACGACAAUCUGUCAAUGCACCUUCAAAGGACAGCCUGAAGGUUUUUUCAUUGUCAUCAUUAGAUCCUAAUGUUGGGGAGUGGACAAUGGGCCAUGGAAUGAAGGACACUAUGGAACUUGCAAUGAAUUUGCAGGCUGAAAUGCAAAUGUGGUUUUUACGAUUUAUCGAACUGUCUCUGGAUGCUGGUUUUCAAGUGCUGCAGGAGCGUACUGCUGAUCGGAGUGGAAAGUCACCUCUAAAGUGUGGCCCAAUUGCAGCAGUCUUGUCACAAUUGAAGCGAGUCAAUGACUGGUUGGAUCUUCCAGCACCCAAACGGGACGAACAGCUGACUGAAAAGAUUGAACGGUUGAAGCGGAAGAUGUAUGGAUUCGUAAUCCAACGUGUAGGGACAACUUUCGAGAACUCCAUGUCCCUUGCUUCAUUUUGAUAUUUUACCAUGAAUUCAUUGGAACAAGCAUGCUUCUGCCCACAGUUUGUUUCAUCUUUCUUUUUGUGAAAAUGAUGAUAUGUGCUGUUCAUAGAUACUAUCCUGGACACCAAGCUGUUUUCAGUAUAUUACUUGGAAAUUUGCUUCUUUGCAAAUGAAAAGCAUGGUUUACUUUU